GACUACACCAGUUGCUACGUCACCCCCAUCAGUACAACAUUUCAGAACUCAUAUAACCUACCUACCUAGCUUAGCUCAUCAUCAGGGUCGAGAGAGAAGAAACUGCAAUGUCUUCCAGUGUGGAGAAUCAGCAGCAAGCUGGGUCUUCCUCGUCUUCAUGGAGAAGAUUCAAUGCCAACAACUCUUCUAGCUCUCCUCACUCUCUCCAUGAUCAUGACAAGAAGCAUAAACUAGAAGAUAGCGAUGAAGAUAUGUUCACAGUUCCAGACGUCGAGGCUAUACGGCCUGAUGAUAAUCCCAUUAGCACAUCCACAGUCACCAACAACAAUGCCACGAGCAAGAACGAUCCUGCGGAAACUGGCUUUUCCGGUAAACGCCGCAGAGGGCGGAACCCGGUAGAUAAGGAGUAUCGACGACUCAAAAGAUUGCUAAGAAACAGAGUGUCUGCUCAACAAGCCCGUGAGAGGAAAAAGGUAUACGUCAAUGACCUGGAAUCAAGAGCCAAGGAGUUGGAGGAUGCCAAUUCUAACUUGGAAGAAAAGAUCUCGACCCUCAUCAACGAAAACACCAUGCUGCGAAAGGUUCUUAUGAAUACAAGGCCAAAAGUUGAUGACAGCAUAGAGCAAAAGUAGGAUCGACCAGGUAUGCAAGAGCUCAGAUUGAAGCAUAAAUGAGAUGUUUUGGAUUUCAG